AUGGCGUACCUGCUGGUGACGUCGACGUCGGCAUUGGCGGAGCUGCUGCAGCUGGGCGGGGCUUCGGCGGUCAGGGCGGGGCAGCCGGGCUCCGGCGAGCGGCGGUCAGAGCCGGGGCGGCCGGGCUCGGCGAGCGGCGGUCAGGGCCGAGGCGGCCGAGAUCUGGCGGUACAAGCCGCGGUCGGGGCGUGGCAGGGCGGCCGGGCUCCGGCGAGCCGCGUUCGGGGCCGGGGUGGCCGGAAUCCGGCGGCGCAGGCCGCGGUCGGGGCGGCCGGGCUCUGGCGAGCCGCGGUCGGGGCCGGGGCGGCCGGAAUCCGACGGCGCAAGCCGCGCUCGCGGCAGGGCGGGGUGGAGUCCGGCAGGGCAGGGCGGAGUUCGGCGCAGCGGGGCGGGGCGGAGUCUGGUGAGGUGGGGCGGGGCGAGCCGUGCUCGGGCAGCAGCUGCGUUCGGGAGGACGCGAUGCGGGAGAGAGAUACGGGAUCAGGAGAGAGAUGCCUUCGGGGGCUGACCGGCUGA